AUGGAAACCCUUAAUGGAUCAAACUUCAGAAGAUGGAAACAAGACCUAGAACUUUGUAUAGGAUACAGUGACUAUGAGCAUGUGCUACAUGAAGAUCCCCCCGCUGAGCUGACACCUGCAAGUACUAGGGAAGCAAAUGAUAAAUAUGCACAAUGGUAUAAACAUAAUAGGAUGGCUCUGGUUAUUAUGAAAAGAUCUAUGUCUGAGGCUGUUAAAGGUGGUAUACCUGAUGCAAAGCUAGCAAGAGAAUACUUUAAUAACAUUGAAGAGAAGUAUAAGGUAUCAGAUAAGGCUGAAACUGGAGCCCUCAUGAAUGCUCUUACUGGAAUGAAAUUUGAUGGGGUAGGUAGCAUCCGAGAAUACAUCUUGAAAGGAACAGAAAUUGCAGCAAAGUUAAAGGCAUUAGGAAUCACUAUUGACGAUCCUUUCUUGGUGCACCUUAUUCUGAAUUCCCUACCAUCUUAG